AUCUUCCUCUUCCUCUUUCGAGACACAAACGAAGAAGGAGUAGAAGAAUCUGGUCUAAGUCGUCCCGGAAGUGGAAUUUGGUCAGGACAAACGGCGGAUUACUCAUCGGAUAGUUCUUCAAUCGGAACUCCAGGAGAUAGCGAAGAAGACGAAGAAGAAAGCGAAGACGAAAAACAAAACGAUGACGUUUCAUCAAAGGAGCUAGGGCUUCGAGGGUUAGCUUCAAUGAGCUCUCUUGAAGAUUCCCUUCCCUCAAAGAGAGGGUUAUCGAAUCAUUACAAAGGGAAAUCAAAAUCAUUUGGGAAUUUAGGAGAGAUUGGAAGUGUUAAAGAAGUAGCAAAACAAGAGAAUCCAUUGAAUAAAAGAAGAAGAUUACAGAUCUGUAAUAAAUUAGCAAGAAAAUCGUUUUAUUCAUGGCAAAACCCUAAAUCUAUGCCUCUGUUACCAGUAAACGAAGAUGAAGAUGAUGAUGAUGAUGAUGAUGAUGAAGAAGAUCUGAAAUCUGGGUUUGAUGAGAAUAAAUCAUCGAGUGAUGAAGAAGGAGGAGGUAGAGUUAAGAAAGUUGUUGCAAGGAAAGGAUCUUUCAAGAGCAGAGCUUACAAGUCUCGGAGUUGUUUUGCACUAUCAGAUCUGAUUGAGGAAGAAGAUGAUGAUGAUGAUGAUGAUGAUCAAUAAUUGCAAUGAAGUUUUUUUUUUUUUUUUUCUUUGUUCAUAAGUUUUUUUUUUUCGUUCUAAAAAAAUAUAAUUUUAAUUUUUCGUCGCGCGAAUUAAUGUUUAUUUUUUUUGCUUUUAAUUCGAGAAAAUUAAUGAUACAGUAUUUUUUUAGUCGACGGGAGAAAAAGUAAGUGUUUUGUUCCUUUCUUUUAGCUUAUCUGUUUGUUGUCCUUUAUCUAUUUCGAUUCUCUGUUUUUAUUUUUUAUUUUUUUUAGUGAAAGGUCAAGUCAAUAUUGUGAUA